GGCAGAGAGACUGGCAACCCGGCCAAGUGCAUACUAGCCGCUAAUAGAGGCGACGAUGCACUGACGUUAGCUUCAUUUCUUCGCGUCUUUACACCUGACGAGCUGCAUACUUAAUUAUGGCCGGAAAGAGAGCGUUGGUCAUCCUGUCAAAGGGUGCAGAGGAGAUGGAGACUGUUAUUCCAGUGGACAUCAUGCGAAGAGCCGGGAUUGCAGUGACAGUUGCAGGGUUGACUGGUCAGGAUCCAGUCCAGUGCAGCAGGAACGUCGUCAUCUGUCCUGAUGCAAGCUUGGAGGAUGCAAGCAAUCAGGGUCCGUAUGAUGUGGUGGUCCUUCCUGGGGGAAUGCCGGGCGCCCAGAACUUGGCAGAGUCUCCUGCUGUGAGCAAGGUGCUGAAGGAGCAAGAUGGCAGGAAAGGCCUUAUUGCAGCCAUCUGUGCAGGUCCCACCGCUCUUCUGGCACACGGAAUAGGCUACGGCAGCACGGUGACCACACAUCCCGCUAUGAAGGAGAAGAUGAUGGCUGGAGAUCACUAUAAAUAUUCUGAGGCGCGAGUGCAGAAGGACGGACAUUACAUCACCAGCCGUGGGCCUGGAACCAGUUUUGAAUUCGCCCUGACGAUUGUAGAGGAACUUAUGGGGGCUGAGGUUGCCGCUCAAGUCAAGUCUCCGCUCAUUAUGAAAGACUAACUGCAGCCGAGUUACAUUUGCCAAGCACCGCUGUGUUAUGCACGCUUAUGAGCCACAACUUUAGGUACACCUGUUGUCAAUACAUCCCAAUACAAUGCUAUAUUACAAAAACUGAACAAUCAUGCAUAAUUUUGAUUUGCACUGGUUGCAGCUUGUAGUGUUGUUGAACGUGAACCUCUUCAAUUGAGGUGCAGAUGCUUGAGAAAAAAGAAGAAAGAAAACCUAGAAGCUAACUUCAGUUAUGUCAAAGGCAAACUUAAUUUAUUUUUAGUUCCUACAGUGAUUGACUAAAGGGAGUUUGGCGUUAAGUCAUAAAUUCCGUGAAAUAUGCUCCAAAAUUACAAAAAACAAAACAGAUUCCCUCAGACUAGGGAGGGCCCCAAUCAUAUUAUAUUGAGGGGAGGUGUACACUUUGAAAACCCCUGCAUUAGAUGAACCAUACUGUACCUAAUGAUGUGGCUGGUGAGUGUAUGCUAUAUUAACAAUGAUAUUAAUAGUUGGGUGUCAAAGACAGCCAAGCUAUUUUCCCUAGAUGAAGACUAAAUUUGCACUUGGAGCCAAUCUUGAUUUUCACUUCAACUGUGAAAUCUUAACAUGAACAAUCAUUGCACAGCACAACAUUUAUGAACAAGAUUCAAUAAACUGCAUUAAAGCA